UUCACUUCUUGUCCCUCUUCCACCUCCACACAUUUGUGACACAAGGCCCCAAAUUUCCAUCGAAAAAGCAACACUUUGAACCGCUGUCCACGGCGUUCGCCGCCGUUCUUUUCACCGGAAACCACUCAAAAUUUGAAAAAAUAAAUACGAUGUUGCGUGACGUGUCAUCUUGCAAUACAUACAAUUACGGUGAUGCCCUUUACUGGGAUUCCCGGUAUGUUCAAGAAGCAGGUUCUUUUGAUUGGUAUCAACGUUACUCUGCUCUUCGCCCUUUUGUUCGCCAUUGUGUUUCUACCUCUUCAAGGGUACUCAUGGUUGGCUGUGGCAAUGCUGUGAUGUCGGAGGAUAUGGUUAAGGAUGGAUAUGAAGAAAUAGUGAAUGUUGAUAUAUCAACAGUAGCUAUUGAUAUGAUGAAAAGGAAGUAUGAGGACGUUCCGCAGAUGAAAUACUUGCAAAUGGAUGUCAGAGAUAUGAGCUUCUUUCCUGAUGAAUCAUUUGACGCCAUCAUUGAUAAGGGAACCCUUGAUUCAUUAAUGUGUGGUACCAAUGCUCCAAUGUGUGCUGCACAAAUGCUGGGAGAAGUGAGCAGGCUUCUCAAAAAUGGAGGUGUUUAUAUGUUGAUAACAUAUGGUGAUCCUAGAGCAAGGAUGCCUCAUCUGAAUCGAUCAGUGUUUAACUGGAAAAUUGAGUUAUACAUUAUACCUAGACCGGGAUUUCAAAAGCCUGGUGAUCCCCCUUCUAAUGUGAAGCCAUGCUUGGAACCUAUUCCCCUAACCGAGAAGGGCCUACUUCCGGAAGAUUAUACUAUGGAAGAUCCGGAUUCUCAUUUUAUAUACAUCUGUAAAAAAGUUGAUGAAUCAGUGGAGCUGAGCAACAGAUCCACUGAUCCUUUGACUGAUGAUUUACGAUUGGAAUCGCUAAGCCUUGGGAAGGAUUGAUUCUUCAAGUCGGCACAAACCAUGUAUGCUUACUGAAGGAUGUACUUUUAUUAUCUAGGCUUGUAGUGUAUCUUCUUUUUAUUGGGGAUUCAUACUUCAGAAAAAGAGACUGUUUUGGGGUGGGAGAUGGCAGGGGAGGAUUUUGUUUGUCUUUUGUUUUUCCCUUUGUGUA